AUGACAUCGCAAGAUGUGGCUCAAGACAAGCCAACACUACAGGCCUAUGAAAUCACACAUAUCUUGAAUCUCGCGUAUGGAGUGAACAACUGCUUCGAAGAUGACUACAAUUACAAGAAGAUUGAGAUCCUUGACGUCCCGGAGACCGACAUUAAAACGUAUUUCGAAGAAUGCUUUGAAUUCAUCGAUGAGGGCAGACAUUACGGCAAUUGUUUGGUUCACUGCAACGCCGGUGUCUCCAGAAGUACAGCCAUUUGUACCGCUUAUCUGAUGACCAAAGAGAAAAUGACUUUUACCGACGCUCUCAAUGCUAUACGAGAAGCGCGUCCAUUCUCUAAACCAAACGAUGGUUUUAUGAGACAAUUACAAGAAUAUAACGACGAGAUUAGAGGUAAUAUUAUGACAAUUAAUAUACGAGAAGCGCGUCCAUUCUCUAAACCAAACGAUGGGGGUUCGAGUGUGAAAAAUAAGUUAAAGCAAUUCGGGGCCACUUUGAACGCUCACUUCGAGCAAAGGGCCAAAUAUAUCAGUCCAAUCAAAUUGCCACUUAAGAAGAGGUCCGACAGUAUUGUUCCCAAUAAUACGAAAGGCCCGCCUCCACCACCGCUACCCAACAAUGUAAAGGCACCGCCGCCUCCGCCUCUGCCUAACAAUGUUAGGGCACCGCCGCCUCCGCCAAUGCCCAACAAUUUCAAGACACCUCCGCCUCCGUCCGAACCCAAUAGGAAAUGGAAAUCAGAGGCAAAUAAACCCAUUGAAGCGCCGAAGAAGUUAAUAAUAAACAAAGAAAUGAAUAAUAGAGUGAAUGACCCGAAUAAGAGUCCAUCGGUGGACGAAACGCCAAUAUCUGUGAAGGCUUUCAGACAGAACUUCGAGUCGAACAAUAAGAUUGAACCGAAAGUACAAAAACCCGUCAAUAAUACUAAGACUAACGCUAUUACUAAUAACGCUUGGAAUCGAUCGCAAACACAGACACCGAUCGCCACUCCAGCGCCUGAAGAGAGGAAAAAGAUAUUAAUUAAACAGAAAUCCAAAGAAGCGCCGGACGAUCAGCCAAAACGCCGGUCGACCAAAGAUCUGGUCGAUGCCAUCGAGAAGGCCAACACUUCCCCAUCGGCAGCACAGUUGCCAUACACUCAACGAAGACGACAGACAACACAAUUAGUUAAUAAUUUAGUGGAGAAUAAUGUGCCGAAUACUACACAACCGGUUCGUCGGCGAAACUAUGCGACUCCUAAAGAGUCCGGUGGUAGUUAUGGUGCGCCCACACCUCCCCCUCCACCACAGCCUCAACAGCAACCGAUGCCGCGAACCAUAAAAAUAUUUAAGAAUUCGUCUGCGAGUCCAUCGCCGGCCGCGUCUUCGCCUCUGAGCUCAACUCGCAAUUCGCCUCAACCGCCGGUCAGUCACAGUCCAUCGCCGGUGCCUUACGGGCCGCCCGACGGCGAGCCAUCAAAGAUGGUGUUCGGAAGGGUUCGUCCGCCGCGACUAUCAUUGACGGGACGCACUCUAUCGCAGGCCUCCAAGACAUUACAGGACGUGAGUAACAAAGUUGCCAAUAAUGAUAGCACUACCACUUCGGCAUCUAAUUCCCGCUCUGAAUCUCCCGUAUCAGCUGUUGGCCACACUAGAAAUGCCAAAACCACAGAUCAGCCAAAGGGCGCACCACACGACCCAUCAGCUAAAGCCAUACAAUCGACUGCAACAGCCAAUGCCAAUGCAAAUGCCAAACCAGUAUCAGAUGGUUUGGCGAAUCAACGGACAACAAAUACACCGUUAAACUCAAAUCACAACAAAUUUACAAAUAAUAAUAAGUUUAAGAAGAGUUGUUCUCCGAGUUCUUCAUCUGAUGACCAAUCGUCUGACGAAGAACUAAAUGAGAAGAAAAUUGAACCAAAAAUGAUUUCAACGCUUACAAUGCAAUUAAAGCCAAACAAUAUUCACAAUAAUAACAAUAAAACCAUUAAUAAUACAAUUAAUGGAAGUAAUAACGAGCCGCCGAAGAAUGACUUACCCCUAACAGAACCAGCACUGGAUAAUCGGUAUAACAGUAAAAGAGUUCCUUUAGGCAAGACUUGCGGUCAACAGUCGUUCGAGAAGAACAAGACUGGACUCAACCGGUCGUCAAGCGCUGCGAUAUUGAAGUUAAUCCGGUCUAACACUAAGGCAGACGUCGGUCUCGACCGACUCGAAGAGGACGACGAGAUCGACGCUCUUAUCUGUGAGCUCGAGAAGGAAGGCGUCGAUAAUAUCGAUUGGGAUGAACUCAAUGUCGACGUCAAAGAAGUGAAGGAUAUCAUCGAUAAGGAGAAGACCGACGAAACCAGUGAUGAAGAGUCGUCUUCGAGUGAUGACGACACCAGCGAUGACGACGACGAAGCCGUUCACAUGAUUAUCAAUAGACAGGCGCCACAAGAGUCGGAACAGUCGGACGAAGAGUUUGAAGUGAUAGACGACGACGAGGACGACGAAGACUCCAAAUGA